CCAACAAGCAUACAGAAAAGUAAUGCGGUUGACACGCUAGGCGAGGUAUCCGCGGUACUGUGAAGAUGCGAUUCGUAAUGAUGGAUGGGAUCCGGUGUCGAAACAGCAUAUUCGACAAAGCUGCUCUUCAGAGGGGGAUAAAGAUCUAGCUGAAAGCGACGAAGAUUUUGUUAUAGUUUCAAAAGAUGACGAGAGUAUACCCGAGGGAGAAACGAAAAGAUCAAAGACACCGAGUAGGGAGAGUGACUCGCACAAAGAAGAGUGCUUCACUUCUCGAGAACUCGAAAUCGAGGGACGAGUCGUCGACAAUUCAAAAGCAGCUCGAAGCCAAACUCAAUUCUCUGGGUGCGGAGAUGCAAGGUUUGCGGUGCCUUUUGGAUGUCAGGACGAGGGAGCUACAGGAUGCCCGGAUGUACUUGAAUACCGUUGAUUUGGUAUCUGGAGAAGACGUCGUAUCGAUGGCAGAGGCGUUGAACGCAGAAAUCUUCCAGGCAGCCGCAUAUAUGGCGGAUUCGUCGGUGUUUGGGGCGAAGAGCAGACUCACGGAAACGAAGGAGAUAGCCCCUUGGAUCGGCGUUGACUUCAUCGAGAUUUUGCGGUCGGAGAAGGAUGCCGAAACGCGGGUUCAUGCUGUCCAAGUUGCGCUUCAAGCGUCGCUUGCUCGAUCUUGUAUGGCGACCAUUGCGAUGUGGCACCCCGAUUCGAAGAUUGACGAGGGUCUUCGUCAAGUGUACUCAAAGAUCCAGAAAACUAGUUUGGCACCUGUCGCGGCGCGAUGGCGUGUAAUGACUCGUUCAAAUUCGAAGUACUCGACAUCGGAGGAGGUGGAAAAGUCAUAUAUACCUUGGAUGGUCAGACGGGCAGUCCUAGUGUUGCUCCUAGCCGGAUGGGACUCAGACGGAACGAAGACCUGGGACGCAUGUGUGACAACUGUCAUGAAUAAAUACGGGAGGCGGGUACGGGACAUCAUAAAGCUGAUGAUGGGGCUGGACAAGGCUAUAAGUGAAAGCAUUGUCUCGAAAGACAUUAUCGUCUGCAUUGCGGCCAGCGGGGACCAGUACGAUCCUGGGUCCAUGGAGAACACUGACGGACCUGCCGAGAAAGUGCAGCCGUCUGAUCGUGUAAUGUGCACGUCAGACCUUGGGCUGAAGGUGACGGCGACGUCCGGCGACGGAUCCGCGGAACGGGACACUUACUUGCUGAAACCGAAGGUAGUGUUGCGUUCUUCAUUGACGCAAGAACACUAGACAGAGGAUAUUAAUAUUAAUUACUGCGCGGAUUUUACAUUGACCUUUGCGUACCAGUGUCAUUUCCCACAUUACCAUCAUUGGACAGGAAAUGGAACCAUUUACUUCUCGUUUCGCAGUACGAAUAUGAUCUU